AUGGCCGGAAGCUUCUUCCGAAUAGUUACUCUGUUGUUGGUGUUGGCACUAGAAACCUUUGCCUCGAAGAUACUGGUGGUGGUCCCAACGCCAUCUCACAGUCAUCAGACGCAGUUCCGCAUAUUAACGAAUGCUUUACUUGCAAAGGGCCACGAGGUCACUUUAUUUACUGCAAUACCUCUCAAGACUUCCCAGGAAAACCUAACAGAGGUUGACAUAUCUCAAACCACCAAACUGAAAAACGACUUUGUUGGUUUGGCUGACAAGUCACCUGAGGAAACUCUUCCAGAUCUCCGAGAUGUGGGAUAUGCGAGGGCUCACUUUCAACUCAAUGAGCCAGCUGUACGGGAUUUCAUCAGGAGAAACCACACGUUCGACCUGGUGAUCUUCGAGCGGAUGCCUUACCAAGCCUACUACGGACUGUUCCACAGGGUCGGAUCACCUCCUCUGGUCGGCUUUGUCACAUUCUCUGCUCUUGCACCCACGUACUAUACCUUGGGAAAUGCCAUGAACCCGGCUUACCUGCCCGAGGUCUGGGUUGGCCUCUCUGAUCACAUGACCUUCUGGGAGCGCUUGUACAACACCUACUUCUACCUGAGGUUAUACCACACGUGGUUCUACCAAGUGCUCCCGCAACAGGAGACUCUCAUGAGAGAAAUCUUCGGAACUGGACCACCUUCGAUUUACGAAACUGAGCGCAACUACAGUUUGCUCAUAGUCGGCAACCAUUUCUCCCUGGAGUACCCUCGACCGCAGCUGCCGAACGUUAUAGAGAUUACUGGCAUCCACGUAUCGACCAAGAUCGAGAAGUUACCGAAAAAUAUCCAAGAUUUCUUAGACGGAGCGGAGCAUGGCGUCGUCUACUGCAGCCUUGGUUCCAACGUACGAAGCAAGGAUCUUCCGUUGGAGAAGAUUCAGGCCCUCGUGGAGGCGUUCAGAGAGCUACCGCAGCGCGUUGUCUGGAAGUGGGAGAACGACUCCCUGCCUUCACAGCCGGAGAACGUGAUGGUCAGCAAGUGGCUGCCGCAGCAGUCCAUACUGGAUCACCCGAAAGUCCGCCUCUUCAUAUCGCAGGGAGGUCUCCAGAGUAUGAAUGAGGCGACGUACCACGCGGUUCCACUGCUGGUCAUUCCCUUCUUCGGUGAUCAGCCCCACACCGCGGCCAAGGUCGCCCAGGCGGAGAUCGGCGUCAGAUUACAGUUCAGGGACCUCACCAAGGACUCCCUGAUACGUUCUAUACGUACCGUCCUGGGGAAUACAAAAUACGCAGACAACAUGAAGCGACUGUCGGCCGUGUUCCGCGAGCACAGGGCGGACUCUCUGGAGCGGGCGGUGUGGUGGAUCGAGUACGUGAUCCGCCAUAAGGGAGCCCCUCAUCUGCGGAGCGCAGCCCUCGACCUGCACUGGUGGCAGCUGCUGCUGCUCGACGUCGUCGCCUUCCUGCUGGUGGGCGUCGCCCUCACACUCUGCGCCGUCUACUUCGUCACGCGGCGGGCAGUCUCCUUCUGCGUGGGCAACAAGCAGAAGCAGAAGAAACAGUGACGCACCCAUGAACUAUUCUAGACUCUUUUCCACCAACACUAUACGUUGAGAAACAUUUACAGAUUAGCGUCUCUCUGAAGUUUUUCUGUGAAAUAACAUCAGAGUUCAUAUCACAUUAUGUGCAGAGUGAAUCUGAUCAAAUGUCGUCCGUUCUUCGAGGAUAUCUUCCCAGUAGUUUGAUACUGGAGAUCCUGGUAUCAGUGACACGUUACAGAGUAGCUGCACUUCGUACGAUGUAUAACCCCAUUUUUCAAUGUAUAUGAAUUGCACUGAAAAUAUCUGCACACAUUGCAGUUGUCGACAGUAUGCACUGUUCGUCCUGUUAGGAAGUAAACUAGGUUCCAUUCACUUGCUCCUGACAGCAGUAACGCCCACUUUACUCUUUGUCCUCAAGCUUGCAUUCAGUACUGCUCGGUUCGGUCUCUGGUUUGUUUCUCCGGCAGUACUAGUUGUACGUUUUGGUACACAGCAGUGUGGAUAGGUUUAUAGCGACGAGUUGGUCGAUCUACAUAGCGUGCCCGGAUUCCCUGAAUGCAGUGCAACACCGCCGUGACGACUCCAUGCUGUCGCAGGGACAGCACCCGCGGUACUUUCGCAUCUGUACACAGGCAACUUAGACAAAGUGGGUAGUUCUGUAUGAAAAUAGACGAUAUUUAAGUAUUUUCCACUACUGUGACUUUGUUUUCACAAAAAAAAGGCAACUGGCAUAACAAACCGAAUAUUGUAUUAUAUUAUACUGUAUUAUUAUAUGUAUUAUAAUUAGAUUUUCAAGUUGAAACAGAACCACCAGAGUAGGGCGAAACUGGUCGCAGGAUUAUGAUUUGAAAUCUCAAGUUAAAUUGUACAGUCCCUAAUACUAAAUUUGUAUUGUAGCUUUGGAUGCAUUUGCUUGAGUUACUUAGAUUUUACGUGCUAAGGAAAUACGCAGUAACAAUAUGGAGUGCUUUGUACAAUAAAUUUGUCUUUUAUGGUUUAA